AUGGGCAAAGUUGGAAGCAAAGUAAAAAGUCCUUCCGAAAGUAAGAAGAACAAUACAAACGAUUUCCAGUUAUUGUUAAAAAAUCGAUUCUACGAAAUAGCUAAUGAGGAAUCUGUCAUUGAUAAAUCCGUCUUCUAUAAAUAUACUGAAUCAGCAAUAUGCCCGCAGUUACAGUCGUUCAUAUAUGAUUUAUUAAGUAAACCCGAGAAUGUUAUUAGGAUGGAACGUUUUGUACAGUUCGCUGAAAUGAUACUUGGUGAUUUCGAUCAACAAGCAAAAGUUCUCUUACUAUUUGACCAACCAAUAAAACAGAUUAUAGAGGUUAUGAUUUCUUCAUUUUUCAAAUGUGAGCAACUGGAUCCACCAAGUAUCACACUUCUUGUUGACUUUCUCAUGGAAGGGAUCCCGUUACAGUUGGAUCCAUCCACCUUAAGUAGUUUUAUGCAAAGCCAAAUUAUCUUACCUACUAUAAUUAAACAUAUCAGUGAGCUCAUCUUUGUUGGACCGCGGAACAGUACGAAACUUUUGCAACAGAUUAGCAAAAACUCUUUGCUUACUCCUGCUGCAAUAUGCCUUUUGUAUGCGAAUUUACCCGAAGAAUUAAGAGAUCGAUGGAAGCUAUUAUUUUCAAGCGAAAAACACGGUGAAAGUUUCAUGAAACUAGUGAAAAGUGUGGAUCGCGCAGGUCCAUGUGUAAUUGUCAUCGAAACAACAUCCGACCGUGUCUUUGGUGCAUUUGCUAGCCACGGAUUCAUUUGUGGUCCACGCCAUACCGGUAAUGUUCAGUGCUUCCUGUUUGAAGAUCGACAAAAGCUGCAUAUUUACAGCGCCACAGGUUACAACGGUAAUUUCGGCUAUCUCAAUUCUGGCCAGGUCUCAUUGCCAAAUGGAAUCGGUAUGGGUGGACAUGGUGAGAAUUGGUCCUUCUUUCUACAUGAGGAUUUCAGCAGUGGUAAUUCCACUGCUGGAAUUAGUACGUUUGAAAAAUGUUGGUUGGCCGGUGAAAUAACGUUUAAAAUGAAAAAUAUUGAAGUAUGGUCAAUUGGAGAAAAGUAUAAGGAAAUGAUAGAUACCGAAGUGCAAGAUAAGUUGAACCGGCAACGUCCGCUAACGAAUAAAAAUGAAACACGUUUACUACUUGAAUUGAGUGGUAAAGAUUUCCAUGGCGAUUCUUUCAAGGAAUAA